AUGCUUGAUACACUUCUCGCCCCAACGGGCCCCAGCCGACUCUAUGCGAUGUUGGCUCUUAUCUUCGUCUUCAUUUUGCUGGACACAGGCAGAAUGAUCUACUUCUCCAGGUUACACGCGUUAAAGAAAGUUCCUGGUCCUGGUCCCUGGUUUCCUGCAGCAAGCUCUCUUUGGAUUCGCUGGCAGCGGUGGCACGGCCGAUUAUCUUUCACGGCCGAUUAUCUUUCACGGCCGAUUAUCUUUCACGGCCGAUUAUCUUUCACGGCCGAUGACCUGCUCCGCCGAUAUCGACUUGUAGACAUCGACACAGCUCCCAAGGCGAUUCGAGCGCUCCACGCGAGAUUUCGAAUAAGGUCCGGUGAGCUGCUGUUCGAAUUGGGCGAGAACAUCGCCAACAAGAGCGUGUACAACGAGCUGCGCACCACUACGGAUAAGAAUAAUCUUGAAAAUCUUAAGCUGUUGGGCGCAUGUGUCAGCGAGGGCCUGCGGUUCCGCCCUCCCGUUGCAUUGACUGGGAGCCGAGUCGUGCCCAAGAAAAGCAUCGGAUUUCUUGGCUACGACAUCCCUGCAGGCACGGUCGUGACCACCCACCCAUUUCCAAACUAUGCUAUGAUUGUUUCGACCCGCCCAGAUCGGUGGAAGAGGACGGACUGGCUGAAGUCUGCCGCCUCACGGCCCCCUUUGGUUUGGGUGCUCGAUGGUGCCCUGGCGGCAACAUGGCUAACUACCAGAUGCGUCUUAUCAUCGCGGCUGUUCUCCGCGAAUUCAAAACUUUCCAUCGGCCCCGAGACUACUCCGGAGUCAAUGACUCCUUUCCAGGCCAAUUGA